AUGUCAGAAAGUGAUUCUGAAACAUUGCCUGAGCUGCCUGACCCUCAGCCUCCCUAUCAUAUCCUGUCCAAGAAGCAAAAAUGGAACCUUGUCAUUUUCGUCUCCUUGGCAGCUUCUUUCUCGCCGCUUUCUUCGAAUAUCUACUUUCCUGCAAUUGACGCCAUAUCUAGGGAUCUCGGUGUGAAUGCGUCCCUCAUCGCUCUGACGAUCACGGUGUAUAUGGUUGUCCAGGGUAUUGCUCCGUCACUCUUAGGGACAUUCUCGGAGACCUAUGGCUGUCGCCUCACCUUUGCAAUUACUCUUACCAUAUACACUGCUGCCAAUCUCGCCUUGGCAUUCACCUCCAACUAUGCGAUGCUUAUGGUCCUGCGUGGCUUUCAAGCGGCAGGAUCUGCAGCGACUAUUAGUAUCAGCGCUGGCGUCAUCGCUGAUAUUGCUUACCCACAAGAACGUGGUCGUUUCAUAGGGACAAAUGCCGGCAUUCCGAUGACAGGCCAGGCAAUAGGUCCAAUUAUGGGUGGUGCGUUGAACAGUCAAUGGGGCUUUCGGAGCAUCUUUUGGCUACUUUUCGUCACAAGCAUUAUUGUCCUGAGUGCGCUUUUAAUCUUUCUUCCGGAAACGCAGUGCAGCGUAGCAGUCAAUGGCACCAAUGUUGUCUCUGGCUUCCAAAAGCCGUUUAUCUAUUAUAUCAAACCGCCAUCAGCCUGCUCCAAAAGCGCUGAAACAACUGCCCCGGUACCUCGAUCACCGAUUACGUUUAAGAAUGCAUUCAGUCCACUGGCUUAUAUCUUUGAGAAAGACAUCGCAGCACUCCUAGCUUGGGGCGCUGUGGCUUAUACUGCAUGGAGCAUGAGUGGCAACUGGGGUUGUUUCGUCCCAAUCGGACUUGGUUGCAUUAUCAGCUCGCUCCGCACAGGCUGGAUACUAGACCAGAGCUUCAAUCGUGCCCUAAAUCGAUACAAGGUUGAACACGGCAUCUGGGCAGACGAGAUUGUUGAUCAUAGCCGCGAUUUCCCCUAUGUGCAGGCCCGUCUUCGCCUCAUGCCUAUCUUCAGCAUCGUGAUCGUGAUCUCUCUAGCACUCUACGGACCGAGUUUUGAGUUCAAUGAUUUGCGGAAGCAUUUUGGACCAAAUCUGGCUGCACCACUCAUUCUCCAAUUCCUGAUUGCCUUUUCAGCAACUGCUAUCUUCAACAUUAAUUCGACUGUGCUGAUCGAUUGCUUCCCAGAACUACCUGCGAGAGCGACAGCGCUCAAUGAUUUAUGUAGAUGCUUACUUGGAGCUGCAGGGGUCAGUGUUAUCCAGCCAUUGAUCGGUGUCGUAAAGGCGAUGAAAGCCUUCUUCAUUGUGAGCGGGGCGGUGUUACUGUUUACCCCAUUGAUUUGGGUGGAGUGGAAAUGGGGGGAGAAGUGGAGACAAGAGAGAGAAGAGAGACGUGUUCAGUGA